GUCGAUAUGGUGUAGUUAAUAUUGUGUUGAUGUUUUCUACAAGAUGCAAAUCAUGGGUAAUUACUUGCUCUAGACAGCGUAGAAAUUGCUCUUGACGAGCUUCCUUUUCUCCUCCUCCUUCUCAUUUCGAUGCUCGGGCCCGCCAUAGCUUCACCGUUCCUUCUCGCAGUCAACUCUUUUCUCCUUCUGGCAUCUUUCUUUCUUAUAUCUUCCUUCUCAUUCUCACGGUACACUUGCAGAGUCGUACCUGCACAGCAUUCUCCAUUCCGCUCCUCAUCUCUUCAACGGGCCUUGACCUUGAUCUCUGUGCUCAUCACUCUUGAUGUUUUGUCAUGGCUGCAGCAGGAGCCAGACUUUACGGGCCCGGAAGACAAGUUGGGAACAACAAUGAACGCAGGGUCAUACAGAUGAGUAUAGUGUGCGAGGUGAUCCACAGCGCUCAGGUGGGGGCACCGUCGUUCAGCGAACACUAUUGAUUUGCCUUCUAUGCUUGACAUAUUUUCCGUGCCGAAAGUACAUCGUCUAAAACGCCUAAAACCAUGAUGAAGA